AUGGAGGACGCCUGCAAAUCGGCGCUGAACUUCUUCUCCGAUCAGCAGCUCUGCUACGCCGACAUCCUCACCCCGCCGGAGGUUAUAGCUCGAAUCCAAGUCGCCGUCCUCAACUUCCUCCGAAUCCUGACCUCGCCGGACCCCGCAAUCUCCGACCUCCCUCUCGUCGCUAGAAGCUCAAGCAAUAGUCGAGUGAGCCGGGGCCUGGUGACUCGGACUUCAUGGAUUUUCCUGACGCGCUCGUUCUGCACCAGAUCGCUUCUGAGGCCCAAUGCCGCCAAAGCCUUUAUCAGAGUGUGGAAGGUGAUGGCGAUGUGCUCUGAGAUUUUGGGGCAAGGAAAGAGAGUCACGCAGCGGGAGCUCUUCUACAAGUUGCUUUGCGACUCGCCGGAGUAUUUCUCGUCGCAAUCGCAGGUCAAUCGGACUAUCCAAGAUGUAGUGGCAUUGCUUCGCUGCAGCCGUUACAGCCUCGGAAUCAUGGCCUCUAGCCGAGGACUUGUUGCCGGCCGUUUGCUGUUGCAGGAGCCAAACCAAGAGGUUGUGGACUGUGCUGCCUGUGGAUUUUCCGGGCAUGCUAUCACUGGUGACUUGAAUUCGAUAGAUAAGUUGAUGAUGAAAACAGAUGCGCGGUACAUCAUUGUAGUCGAAAAGCAUGCAAUAUACCAGCGGCUGGUUGAGGACCAUGUGUUCAACCAAAUUCCCAGCAUUCUUAUCACUGCCAAAGGGUACCCAGAUAUUGCCACGAGGCUGCUGCUUCAUCGAUUGAGCCAUGCAUUUCCUGAUUUGCCGAUUUUAGCACUAGUCGACUGGAACCCAGCGGGUUUAGCUAUUUUAUGCACUUUCAAGUUCGGAAGUAUAGGGAUGGGACUGGAAGCUUACAGAUAUGCUUGCAAUGUCAAGUGGUUGGGAAUGCGAGCUGAUGACAUAGAUCUCAUACCCGCAGAAGCUUUGGUUCCAUUGAAACCAAAGGACAUCCAAAUUGCUAAAAGCUUGAUGUCAUCGGACAUGUUGCAGGAGAGCUACAGAGAAGAGCUGACACUGAUGGUUGAGAGCGGCCAGAGAGCAGAAAUUGAAGCACUUUAUUGUCAUGGAUAUGAUUACUUGGGAAAGUUCAUGGCAAAGAAAAUUGUACGAGCCAAUUACAUCUAGCAUUAGCCCCUACUUCAAGUUAGAUAGUCAAAUACCAUGAAAUGGAUAGAGAUAAUGCUUGAACCCCCUCAUCUUAUAUAUGUGUGUGAUUCAAAUAGUAUUCAAACAAUAGUAGUUGGUUCACAGUAGCCAUUGGGAUUGUCAGAAGGCUAGAGAAGAACCAAAAACGAAUCGGUUACACUAGUAUCUUAUUUUAACAUUACAAUAACUAGAAAAUAGCAACUUUGCAACUUCUGACAUACUGCUUACAUUACGGACACAGAUUUAACACAUUAAAAAAAAAUGACGCUUGGGAUUUUACUUCGGACUGAUUACUACUACAACUCUAGCAA